GUGUUUGAGGACUGAUGUAGCUCAGUGUUGUGUCGUUAGGACAGAGACAGGAGAAUGAUAAGACCUACAGCUACAACAUUCAGCUUAGUGCUACUGCUGUACUGCUCUCUGUCUCACAGUCUCACACAGGUCAACACUGUGACUGGAAGGAUACCUGAUGACCAACAGGAGACGACUUCCUGGAGGUUCAGGAACCGAUCAUCUGUUCCUGAGGGGCUGGACGUGAGGCUGAGGGAGCUGGAUCUGUCCAACAACGUUAUAAGACAUAUAAACGGCCAGAAUCUGGCUCUUCCAUCCCUACUGAGACUGGACCUCAGCUACAACCAGCUAGAGAUCAUAUCUGAAGGGGCUUUCAGAGAUGUGGCCCAGCUUCAAGAGCUGAACUUGGCAAGGAAUGCAUUGAGCCACAGUGUGGACAGUACCAGCCGAGCUCUUGGGUCUCUCCGCAGACUGAGAAGGUUGGAUAUCUCUCUGAACGGUCUGGAUGAUGACACGGCGGAACUUUACCUUCGUGACAAAUCAAUUCUAGAACGCCUAGAUCUCACGGGCAACGGUUUGACGCGACUCACGCCCAAGCUGUUUGCAGAGAGCCUGAGCGUGAGAAGCAUUCGCAUCGAGAACAAUCUGAUCACGGCAAUAGAGGAGGGAACGUUUGAACCGUUGAAGAAACUCAAGAUCUUAAAUUUAGCCAGAAAUAAUCUCGUCUACAUCUGUGAUUUUAAACUCCGUCAGGUGAAACUCUUGAAUCUUAGCAGGAAUUCCAUAGAGUUCUUUGUCACCCGUGAGGACGGUCACCCAUACGAGCUGGAGAUCUUAGAUCUGAGCUUCAACAACCUCCUCUAUUUCCCCAUGGUCCCCAAGACCAACCGGUUGAGAUACCUCCACCUACAGAGCAACAUGGUGGGGACCUUAGAGACAGACACCUUAAUAUCGGAGGCAGACUCUCUGUACAGAGAACUAACAAGUGAAGAUGAGGUAAAUGAUGCUGUAGACAACAACAACAUAUACUCUAACUGGAAACUGAUGCCGUUAGUUUACAUGGACCUCAGUAGUAACCACUUCAGGUCUCUACCUGUGGAGACUCUGAGCCAUCUGACGUCUUUGGUGACGCUGAACCUCAGCAAGAACUGUCUACAGGACAUCAGCUAUAACACAACGAAGGGCGGCAACGGCCAUGUUGGAGGCUACCACCAACCUUCCUUGACCUUUCCGUCUCUACGCUACUUCGACCUGCAGAACAACGGUCUUCGACAACUCUCCACCUUCUUCUUGGAAGCCCUACCAAACAUAGAGACAUUAAACCUGAAGGAGAACUCUGUGAGGCCUUGUAAUCCAAAGGACCAACUGGGACCAUCUGAGACAACGAGAGUUAGUCUUAGUAGUAUGUCCCCUUGUGUUUCCUUCAGGAAUAUCAAAACUCUGAGAAGUCUAGAUCUCCAAGACAACGGGAUCAAAACACUCCAUCGGAACACAUUUGAAGGAACCCCUUUGGUUUCUCUCAACCUGGCCAGUAAUGUAGAUAUAAUCUUUGAUAUUGGCGCUCUAGAGGGGUUGCAGAGUAGUCUCCAGUCUCUGAGUAUCAGUGGGAACGGCAUGACGACCUCUGCCUUGUCUCUGCCUUGUCUGAAAGCAUUGAGACGACUCAACAUGUCCAACAACGACGUAGACGUCCUCCCGGGCAUCAUCAGCUGUUCUCCUUUGACGGAGCUUGACGUGAGAAAUAACGGGCUAACGUCUAUGAAUGAAUCUGUGGUUGAUCGUUUGUCUCUAUAUCUUGAUGUGUUGUAUGUCAGUGGCAACUCUUUCAACUGCUGUGACACCAAAUGGCUAAAAGCCCUAAACAAAGAGAAAGUGAAUAUUCCGGACCUUGACCAUGCUGUGUGCCUCAGUGUCAAUGGUACUCUGUUGACUGGCCUUCUGCGUAACCAUUCACUGCACUGUUCAUUGGAACUUAGCCCAAAGAUAACAGAACCAAACCUUGGGCAAAUAAUAAUAAUGAUUUUGUUUGUGUCGACAGUAUUGAUAACAUUAGUUGUAUUUGUGAAGAAGGUUUGUUGCAACACGGGGUCAUUAAUUGUGUAAUGAUUGUGCAUGUAAAACCAAGAGCUGUGUUUGAAUACCCAUACUAACAUACUGUAUACUACAUACUUAAUGUGUAUAUAUUAUAUACUAUUAGUUCAUGUUAGUAUACUGUAAAUUACAUACUUAAUGUGUAUAUAUUACAUACUAUUUGUUAAUUUUAGUAUACUGUAAACUACAUACUUAAUGUGUAUAUUAUAUACUAUUUGUUCAUUUUAGCAUACUCUUGCUCCCGUGACAUAUUGCUAGUUCGAGCUACUGAAGAGGGAGGGACUACAGGUGAGGGAGUGACAACCGGAGAGUGCGCUCUCCGUCAAUUCAGAGGGGACACUGUCCGCUCUUGCCGAGGAGUAGGCUUGCUGGUUAACGUUGGCUAGCUACUUCCAGAAACAAAUGAGAGCACCUUACUGACCGUUUUACUCACCCGAGCAGAGCUGUUUUCAUGUUAUCCAGAGCGUUGGUGACCGUAACUGUGCUACUGGCAACAAUUUAAUUAUGCUUUUUUUUCUCGUCGACGUUUAUCAAUUUUUCUGCGCUCUGGCACACUUGGUGUGUUCGUAAAUGCACUCUGGUGUACCAGAGUGUUGUCAGAUUGUUACAUUUAGAACAGACAAAUUGACAGCCAAAAUAACAUGUUACGCAACUUCUUUGAAAAGUCAUUACUUUAUUAAAUUGCUCAACAUUUCCGCUCUCCUAUGACAUCGGCUGCAUACUUUCCACUCCCAUUUUCUGAAGAAUUACAUUAUGGGACCUAAAAGCACGGACAUAGUGUCCACUGCUUGUAUAUUAUGACCAAUAAGCAUACGACAUACUCAAAUGACGUCACAAAUAGCAUGGUUCGUGCGUUUGUGUGAGUAUUCGAACACAGCUGUUUUGUUGUUGUUGGAAGUUAUCUGCAGCUAUUUAGCUAUUAGGUUUACUCCAGGUUAUAACAUCACUGUAUUAGACUAUUAGGUUCCAGGUUAUAACAUCACUGUAUUAGACUAUUAGGUUCCAGGUUAUAACAUCACUGUAUUAGACUAUUAGGUUCCAGGUUAUAACAUCACUGUAUUAGACUAUUAGGUUUACUCCAGGUUAUAACAUCACUGUAUUAGACUGUUAGAUUCCAGGUUAUAACAUCACUGUAUUAGACUAUUAGAUUUACUCCAGGUUAUAACAUCACUGUAUUAGACUAUUAGGUUCCAGGUUAUAACAUCACUGUAUUAGACUAUUAGGCUCCAGGUUAUAACAUCAAUGCAUUAGACUAAUGCCCACAUCUCAGAGGUUGUUGUGACUAAAUAUGCCACGCUAACAUGUGUCCACUGAUAGCCUAGGGAACAUUCUGAUCCAUAGACACCAUACUUCCUUAAUGUCAGUCUUUCAACCACACGUCAAGUCCUGUCACUCUGAUAGUAAUGAGCUCGUCUCCAGGCUGAGAGAGAGAGAGAGUUUAUCAUCUACUUCGCUUGCAUUGGCCAUGUUAACAUAUGUUUCCCAUGUUGAAGAUGAGAAGCUGAAGUGUCACAUGCUGGUACCUUUUCACUGUGCAUUUCUCCUCUCCUGUCUGUUGGUUUUUUAGUAAUGAAGUCCGAGUAUGUCACAAAAACGUCCAUUGAUAUGCUCAGGGACUGGUGGGUUCUGAAAAGUGUGGAUGUUUUCAAGCAGGAGCUGCUGGUAGUAAAUGCUGCACAUGCAUGGACAACCAUCAUAACACGCAACAUAGAAGCUGAGGAAGGAGCAAAACACCAUAAACACACAGAGGAAUGUAUAUACGUUUUCAAAAAGCAUUCUCUGAAUUUGGGGCACGGCCCCAUUAACCAACCACCUCUGGUUCGGUUUUCAUAACAUCUUUGGUUGAGUUGAGUGGCGACCCAUCCUGCAGGGCAGGUGAGACAGAGCUGUUUAGCUAACAAAAAUAUACACUGCUCAACAAAAUAAAGGGAACACUUAAACAACACAAUGUAACUCCAAGUCAAUCACACUUCUGUGAAAUCAAACUGUCCACUUAGGAAGCAACACUGAUUGACAAUAAAUUUCACAUGCUGUUGUGCAAAUGGAAUAGACAACAGGUGGAAAUUAUAGGCAAUUCGCAAGACACCCCCAAUAAAGGAGUGGUUCUGCAGGUGGUGACCACAGACCACUUCUCUGUUCCUAUGCUUCCUGGCUGAUGUUUUGGUCCCUUUUGAGUGCUGGCUGUGCUUUCACUCUAAAGGUAGCAUGAGACGGAGUCUACAACCUACACAAGUGGCUCAGGUUGUGCAGCUCAUCCAGGAUGGGACAUCAAUGCGAGCUGUGGCAAGAAGGUUUGCUGGGUCUGUCAGCGUAGUGUCCAGAGCAUGGAGGCGCUACCAGGAGACAGGCCAGUACAUCAGGAGACAUGGAGGAGGCCGUAGGAGGGCAACAACCCAGCAGCAGGACCGCUACCUCCGCCUUUGUGCAAGGAGGAGCAGGAGGAGCACUGCCAGAGCCCUGCAAAAUGACCUCCAGCAGGCCACAAAUGUGCAUGUGUCUGCUCAAACGGUCAGAAACAGACUCCAUGAGGGUGGUAUGAGGGCCCGACGUCCACAGGUGGGGGUUGUGCUUACAGCCCAACACCGUGCAGGACGUUUGGCAUUUGCCAGAGAACACCAAGAUUGGCAAAUUCGCCACUGGCGCCCUGUGUUCUUCACAGAUGAAAGCAGGUUCACACUGAGCACAUGUGACAGACGUGACAGAGUUUGGAGACACCGUGGAGAACGGUCUGCUGCCUGCAACAUCCUCCAGCAUGACCGGUUUGGCGGUGGGUCAGUCAUGGUGUGGGGUGGCAUUUCUUUGUCCAUGUGUCCAUGUGCUCGCCAGAGGUAGCCUGACUGCCAUUAGGUACCGAGAUAAGAUCCUCAGACCCCUUGUGAGACCAUAUGCUGGUGCGGUUGGCCCUGGGUUCCUCCUAAUGCAAGACAAUGCUAGACCUCAUGUGGCUGGAGUGUGUCAGCAGUUCCUGCAAGAGGAAGGCAUUGAUGCUAUGGACUGGCCCGCCCGUUCCCCAGACCUGAAUCCAAUUGAGCACAUCUGGCAUCAUGUCUCGCUCCAUCCACCAACGCCACGUUGCACCACAGACUGUCCAGGAGUUGGCGGAUGCUUUAGUCCAGGUCUGGGAGGAGAUCCCUCAGGAGACCAUCCGCCACCUCAUCAGGAGCAUGCUGAGCCUCAUUUGGACUUGUUUUAAGGACAUUACAUCAAAGUUGGAUCAGCCUGUAGUGUGAUUUUCCACUUUAAUUUUGAGUGUGACUCCAAAUCCAGACCUCCAUGGGUUGAUACAUUUGAUUUCCAUUGAUCAUUUUUGUGUGAUUUUGUUGUCAGCACAUUCAACUAUGUAAAGAAAAAAGUAUUUAAUAAGAAUAUUUCAUUCAUUCAGAUCUAGGAUAUGUUAUUUUAGUGUUCCCUUUAUUUUUUUGAGCAGUGUAUAUAUAUUUUUCUUUCUUUUUGUUUGUUUGUUUUGUUGUUGCCCGUUUUGCAUGAUAUUUUGGCAUUAAUACGUGUCACAUAUCAGUUUGCAAACAAUGUAGGAAAAAGGGGAGGAAAGACUUAAUAAAGCCACAUAUGAACAUGG